CUUAAUCUUACGGAUGUGAGCUAAAUUGAGUGCUUUUGUCCGGGUGAAACCGACAACGACUUAAGUGAAAUGGUACACGGUACAGAGCGGCGGUGGGCGACCGAGACAGAGGCGGUGGGCGACGCUUGGGUUCUAUCGGUAAUCAUCCCUUUCGACGUCAGCCCUGUAAGUAGGCCCGAUCGGCAGACGCGUUGUCGUUGAAUAAGCUGCUUCCGCAUGAUUGAGCCAAUAACGGCGAUCGAUGCAGCUCGCAGCAACAGAGAAACGUUCUAGGAAAUGCUUUAUCGUUUUGUCAAAGACUCCUUUGGGCUUGGUUACGAAAUUUGGUACUUUUUACUUAACAAUCUUAGUAUGCAUAGAUAUUUUUCUUGCGCCGUUUAUCACAGUACAACAAGCAAUCUGAUAGCUGCAGCAUGUAGUUACGAUGAACGCUGCUGAACCAGAAAAUAUAGACCUGAAAAGGAGUGAAUUCUCCGAGAAACAUCAAAUCGGUGACCACUGGGAGCCCUCUGCCAAGGAUCUUUUGGAGCUAGAAGGUGCAACAACUGAUAGUGGUUCCGAGGACGAAAGUGCUUCUAGCGAAUCCAGCAGUGACGAUGUGUAUGAGGCGGAGAGCAACAUCCGGUGGUCCAAAAAGCGUUCGUUUGUCGAUCGAGGAGGCGGUGAUGCGGACGUCACUUAUGAUUCAGAUUGGAGUACGGACACGGUUAUUGUGGACCGACCGUCAAAAAAGGAACCACUUCCAGAGUCAAAAAGCGAAGCCGAACCCGAAGCUAGAGCAAUAACUCAGGAGAAACAAUCAACGGCGGACCUGCAACUGGAAUCUUUAUGCGAACAGAUGAAAGAAAUAAAAUUGGAGUACCAAGAUAACAGUACAAGUGUCCAGCGACCUGUUGAUCAGGCGACUAUUGGUAACAUUUUUAAGCGAUGCAUGGACAACAAUGACGAACUGGAUCGAGAAAAAGAGGAGGAAGCGAAUGCUAAAAAGCAAAAGAAACAAAUCGCCAACGAAAUCUUCCAGGCAUGGUUGCAGGAGGAGUACAGACGUUGCGACGGUGAACAUUUGUCUACUACCGAGCGUACGAUGCCUCGACCGGAAGAAAGUGUAUCCGACCACUAG